AUGCCGCCAAUUGCAGAGGUCCCUUCAUCGCUGGCUACAGCCAUGGCUAGCGGUUUCGACAGGCUGGAGAAGCUCUUCUCCAAGAAGAAGCAUGCCUCCACCCAAGCCGCUCCGCAACAUCAGCAUACGCUGUACAGAUCGGCUAGCGUCAUCGGCCAGGAUGCCUAUCUCGAGCCGUCUCCGCCUCUGUUCCCUCAACCCUCGUUCAUACGUCCGAAGAUGUCCAAGAUGGUGGCAAGACAGGAACAACGCCCCUCUUCACUCUCUGCCAAACGAUCAAGAAUCGGCCUGAACUCUGAGGCCUCAGUGCGCCUGUCGUACAUUAGCAGGACUCACACCAGCUCUGAGAGCAUUGCUACUGCCACUUACAAGCCUGUUGUUCCGACUCGAACCUCAUCUCUUCUAAGCAGGAGCGAUCACUCCUUGCAAUCCAUUGACAGCAAAUUACUGCAGUCAGGAGAAGCCGUCCCAAGGGCACCAAAGACAAGGCCCUCAAAGAGAGCACCUCCACGUCUUCAGCUGCAUCUGGAGGAGUGGCAAAAUCUCCAACCCAGUUUCCUUGGGCAGACUGGCAUGGACACGCCGCCGCUAUCGGAUCAAGAUGAGAGCAACCGCUACAAAGCGCAGACUACGCAACGUAGAAUAUCAAAGCCCUUGCCGCAACUGCCUUUGAACAACAUCACCCCGGAUUUGUCGCCAAAGCUGACACCCGUCCAAGACGACGAGGUCAGCUGCUCGUCCGAGCCAGAGCCUCAGCCUCUACUUCGUCGCGACUCAACAGAGACGACCAUUAGAGUGCCGCUUCCGCAUAUCGCGACUGCACUUAGGCAGUCAGUCGUGUCAACAAAAUCAAGAGAAUCCUCCGAGUCUAUGUUGACGGAGCCGGACUUCAGCGACUUCCUGGGUCUGAGUGACGAUGACCUGGCAGAGGCUCAGCCGCAGACACCGGAGCCUCUGCUCAGAUGCUCGACUCCAACCGACAGAGGCUCUGGGUCAGUCCGGAGUACACUGUCUCCACGAAGGCUCAGGGCAUGCGCCCCUCCAUCCACUCCUCCGUCCGUACAGGCUCCCGAACCCCCGGUAUCGCCCAAUUCGCUGCUUGGUGCGCCUCUGAAGCUCCUGCAGAGCCCGUUCGCCACCUCCUUCGCCAGCCAGGCGGCCACCGCAGCCGCAUUUGAGAUUGCACGCAUCGCCUCCCGCCACCAGUUCGACCUCGUCUACAUCGUCAACCUCUGGCCCAAGCGCAUGGCCUGCUUCCAAGAAGCCUCGCCCUGGGGCAUCUACUCUGCAGCCCAGCAGUCCUCAGCGAGCCCGGACUCGACCCCGCGGCAGACGCUCGCCUUCGACGUGCACAACAAGGCCCUGGACAACCGGGGCAGCUACGCGCACAUGACGGCCAAGUCGCCGCUGCGGGGCCGCAUCCUCGCCGCCUACGGCCUGGCCAGCGUCAAGAAGGCGCCCUUCCGCCUCUCGGGCUCCAUCCACGCCAAGAUUCUCAACAACGACGGCUGGGUCGAGUGCGACGAGCCCGACGCCGACGCGCACCAGUUCGCCCGCGGCUACGGCUGCGCCUUCUACACCAGCCACGCCCCGGUCACCGAGCCCGCCGCGUACGACGCGGACGCCGACACCGAGGGCGACGUGUCGUCGGCCCAGAAGCAGAAGCAGCAGCAGUCCACCGCCAGCAGCAGCAGCGGCAAGAGGGCCAGCAGAAUCAGGCAGCAGAAGCAGCAGCAGCAGCAGAGGAAGUCGCAGCAGGAGCUCAAGAACCGCGGCAUCGCCUUCGUCGCGUACCGCCGGCAGAGGGCCGACGGCGCCGACUUGGGCUGCGACCGGGCUACGCUGGCGGCUCUGUACCGCGACGCCGAGGCCCUGAUCGAGAUGAUCCUCGACUUCCACACCAUUCAGCGGCGGAGGCAGCGGCUGCAGGAGGAGCAGCGGAAGCAGAAGCUGAGCGUGUCGUCCACGCAGAGCUGCCGGAACCCGCUCGACUUCCUUGAUGACGUGAGCGCUGGAGCCGAGGGUCCUUGA